AUGCAACGACGUGAGCGCAAAUUCACAGCUCGACGUUCCAAUCCGUAUCCUGCAGAUGUUAUUCUUGCUUCUGCGGCAUCAUCAGCAACAACAGAAAUUCAAGAAACUCCAUCUCCUACACAAGAAAGAAGUUCCAUUCUUUCUUCUUUCGCUAAAUUUUUCACAAAUUUAAUCCCAACAACAUGGCUAUCCAGAAAGAGCGUGCAGAGCAGCAGCCGAGAAACAACAUUGAGCAAUGAGAGUAGACUGGAUGAAGAAUUCUCGGAACAACCACAAGUAGACGAAGAAUAUGUUGAUCAAAUUUUAAAACUCUAUCCUCAAGCAUCUCCUGAAGAAAUUCGAAUGGCAUCAAGCUGUCCAAGUUUAUGGCAAAUUGUUCAUGAUGCCGUUGAGGCUAAAAAACAAAAUAUUGGAAACUACUCUCGCAUUGCAAAUACCGAUCUCGGAUUAAGCACUAAUGCCACUGUUCAUUCGGAGUUUAAUAACGAUAUUAUAUCUAUUGAAGAUGAAGAUGACCACUCCAAAUUGAAAUCGUCAUCAUUAGGUAUGGAAAACAAAACCCCAACAGAUGUAGUUCGAUCUAUGAUCAAAGGAACAUCAAGUAAUCAUUCUGGAGUUUCAUCUCAACAACAAAAUCGCGCACCGCAAUCAGCCUUCAAUUUCCCAACAUCUCCUAUCAAAACAAGUGGAGAGGAUUCACAACAUAAUGGCCAUUUCAGCAACACAAUCUAUCCAAUUCCAAAGAAGAGGCUCUUGUUUCCAGGAAGUCUCAGUUCUCAGAAAAAGGAGCUUUUAAAUCCACAUAUUGUGCGCGGAAAUGUAAAGAAAGAUACUACUACAUCAAAGCGAUCGCAUGAGUCCUUUGAACCACAAAAAUCAAACAUACCACCAGAGGCAGAAAACAACCCUACAAAACGUGUGAAACAUUUAUAUCCUCAAGGAGCAAAAACCUACAGCGAAACAGCAAAGAGAAUUCUAGAGACUCUUGACCAAUUGUCGUCUCCUUUGAUUGACGUGGAAAAAGUACCACCAAAACCAUUAGCUAUGCGUUUAUCUACUGUGGAAAGAACUCAAUCCAAGCUAAGAAAGAGCACCUCUCAACCCCAUGAUGAUGAAGAAGAUGUAAUUCCAUCAUCGAGUAUGACUGAUGUUGUAUCCACUUCAAAAGUUGAAUCCAGAAAGAAGGAGCAAGCUCCAUUAGCUGAAAAGAAAGAAGUUACUAAACCCGAAAAACCAGUCAAAACUGCCAAAUUCGCUACCAGUGUCGAUGAAGCCACUCCAAUCAAAAGAAAGCAUAUUGUUAGAAAAGACUCAACACCAUAUGCCAGAAAAAGUAAGCAAGCAGAGCCAGUAGAAGAAGAGGAGGAAGAAGAAGAAGAGACCUUUGAAGAAGCAACAAGAGAAAAGAGAGAAAAACUUUCUCAAGUGCCCUCACUUUCUAAUUUCCUUCCUCCUUCUGCCUCGAUCAAUUUUACCUUCAACUCUACGAAACCUUCAGCUGCCACUACUGAAAAAUUGGUAAUGAAUGAAAAACCAAAAGACAUUGAAAUGAAAGAAAUCACUCCAAAGCCUACAACAACAACAACUACUACUAGUGAAAUACUCUCCACCACAAAACCAGCUGUCGAACAAAAGAAAGAAAUAAUCAGCGAGACGAAAGAAACACCAAAGGAAGAACUUUCAUCCAUCACUUCGCAGCAAACAAAAAAGCCUCAACAAGAAAAACCAAGUUUUUCGUUUAACUUCCUCACAAAGCCAUCAGAUCCUGCUGUUAAAAAGCCUGAAGCCUUAGAGCCAAAGAAGGAUGAAACAACAAUCUCUACAGCAGUUCCAGUAACAACAAAGGAGCCACAAGCAUCCACAUCUAUUCCAGAUGAGUCGGAUCGAUCCAUUACACCUGUUUCAAUUUCAUCUUCAUCCGAAGAAGAAGAAGAAGCUCCAAAAGAACCAUCUGGAUUUAAGUUUACCUUCCCGACUGGAGGCGUCUCAUUCCCCUCUGCAAGUGCUACCAUACCUCAAAAGGAAGAAAGCAAACAAGAAAAGGUGGAAGAAAAGAAGAGUGAAAAUGUCGAACGACCAAAAUUCUCUUCUGUCUUCUCUUCGUUUAUCAGCCAACCUGAAAAGAAGGCCGAAUCGACAUCUGUAAUUCCACCAAAAUCUCCUGAAACAACAACGGAAACAUCGACAGCCACUGGCUUCAAUUUUGCCCAACCCUCAGCAUUGACAAAAGCUGACUCUGAAAAACCACAAACAAACGGAGGAUUUGUAUUCACAGCAACACAACCCACUAGCUCUGCUCCAAGCUUUGGAUUUUCAACAAAGGCAACUGAAGAAAAGAAAGAUGAGUCUGUAACUUUCAAACCUCCUACUUCAUCCAUCUCAUUCAGCUUUGGUCCUCCAAAGACCACCGAAGAGAAGAAAGAGUUGACCUGGAGUGGGGGUCUUAAUUUCGGAGGUGCUUUUGUACCACAAAAAUCUGUAAACCCUCCAACCGAGACAAAAGAGGAAAAGAAAGACACUACAGAAACGACUGGUCUCAAGUUUGGUGGAUCUACAACAACUCCCUCUUUCUCUGUCACACCCUCUCCACCUGAAAAGAAAGAUGAACCAACAUCAUUCACCCCAAGCUUUUCGUUUGGAGGUUCGACUUCCACCAAAACAACAAGUGAUACCAAUGCACCAAUCUCUUUUUCAUUUGGAAGUUCAAGCAGUGAUAAACCAACAUCAUCUGGCAUAUCAUUUUCAUUUGGAGGAGCGAAUAUAGCUUCAAGUGCGCCCACAACGACUACUCCAGUUAAUUUCUCUUUCGGUAGCUCUGCCUCCAAGGAAGAACCAGCAAAACCCCUCGAAGACAAGUCACAAACUGAACAACCUCCAGUCAAACCAGCAUUUUCAGGAAUCUCCUUUUCUUUCAAUAAGCCAACUUCAUCCACGGACAACACUAGUACAGGUAGUGGAGGCAGUCUCACAGAAAAAGCAUCAACAAGUGUACCAACUUCUUUCUCAUUUGGAUCCAUUCCGAAACCACAACAGUCAGAUUCAAGUUCAACUACUCCAACCUCAAAUGUUGGCUUUUCAUUUGGAGCAACAUCGACAGGAGCUGCCUCACCUCCAACCAGUGUUACCUCAGCAGACUCUAAGCCACCAACAUCAUUUGCAUUUGGAUCCACCUCUUCAGAUACACCAGCAUCAAACGAAGUCAAGUCCAGUUUCUCUUUUGGUGGCUCAUCGAUUCAAACAACAGCAAUAGAUGCAUCCAAAACAUUUAGUUCUGGAGGUUUCACUUUUGGUGCUAAACCUGCUGCACAAGAAGUUCCAUCUUCAGGAGCUACUCAAAAUAAGUUUGUUUUUGGUGCUCCAAGCAAUCAACCUCCUUCUACUGGAUUUUCUUUUGCAAUUCCAAAUCAAGGUACAACUUUUUCAUUCGGUAGUGUUUCUUCUCAACCAACAACAACUACACCUAGCUUUGGAGGCAAUUCAAUGCUCGAAGAUGACUCUGCUAUGCAUCAAUCUGGAAUGAAUUUCCCAUCUUCUGCAACAAGCUUUACUCAACCUGCCGCAUUUUCUGCAAUUACACCAACAACUCCUUCCAUCUCUCCAUUUGGGCCUCCACAAACAAAUGCUUUCUCUUCUGGAAUGCCAAAUCCUUUCAAUGCCAGUUCUGCUCAACCUGAAUUUCCAGACCAAAGAAAACCCAUUAAGGCAAUAAGAAGAAGAAAAUAA